AUGGGUAAAGAAAAUGUUUUAUUAGGACAAGACCAAGAGGAUGAAAACCAGGCCAAUCAAGAAACUCCCAGGGUAUUAUUGACACCAGAACAACAAGCGGUUUUACAACAACAUCUAACACCACAAGAACAACAACAACAACAACAGCAACAACCACAACUUGAUAAAAUUGAGUUGAAUAAUAAUAAUAAUAAUAAUAACAUGAAUAAUAAUAAUAAUACAAUUACAGAUGAUAAUGAUAAUGAUGAAGAUUAUGAUAUAGGCAAAAAGAAAAAGAAAAAAGAUAAAAAAAAAGAUAAAAAAGAAAAGAAAAAGAACAAAAAUCAAGAUGACAAUUCAGGGGAUAAUAUUGAUAGUGAGGACCAAGAAAAUGAAAGAGUUAUUAUUAAAAGUCCAAUUUUACAAAAAUUAAAGAAAAAGAAAGGUGAAGGUUAUGAAGAUGAACCAUAUUCAACAGAGAUGACACAUUUUGAUAGCGGUGCAAAUUUGGAUAGCCUCGAUAGCCCACCUGUUGUUGGUACUCCUCAAAUUGAAUUGGAUCCUGAAGUGUUUUAUGAUGGCGGUGAAAAAAAGAAAAAAGGCAAAAAGGGUAAAAAAAAUAAAGAUAAAUUCCUCACACCAGAAGAAAGAAGAAUCAAAGAGGAAUCAAAAGACGCAAAAUCAUUCUUUUCAAACGAAAGAACAUUUUUAUCUUGGAUUGGUUUAACAUUUUCAUUAGGUGCAAUCGGUACAUCAAUUAUCACUUGGUUUGGUAGUGAGGGUGUAUCUUUAGCAACAGGUUUAUUCUUAUGGGGUGUUUCAAUUAUUUUUAUGGCCUAUUCAACUAUACAGUUCAGAAGAAGAGGACAUGCUAUCAGAACUAAAACUCAGGGUCCAUUUGAUGAUCAAAAAGGUCCAUUAUCUUUGGUAGCAAUGGUAGUUGUGGGUGUAUCAAUUUAUUUAGUAUUCUUUGUCGUAAUUAGACCAACAGUUAAUAUUGGUGGUGACAUCAACCAAAACAAUUCAACUACAAAAAAUUAA